AGUGUCUUUCAAGCAAAGUCAAAUUGUGCAGAAGUGAACUGAAUUAAAAUCUAUAAAUGCCUUUGGAUAAAACUGAGUUGUGAAGACUAUUUCUCGCAAACACAAGAAACUGGGUUCCUCUACAGUGAUAAUAUUUCUAGUGAAGGGCUAUGUCUCUGAUUGUUUAAUCAAGAAUGUGUGUGUAGUGUUCGAGUAAUAUUCUCUAUGGUGCACAGUAACACCGAGAAAGGGAAACGCAGAAAUUUAUCCGUGUGAAUUGAGAGUAUUUGGUGUUGCAAGCAAGUAUAAACAAAUUGCAUUUUAUCUGUGUGCAGUAUAUACUAAUUAAUAUAUCAGUAGAUCUUAUAACAAAAAACACCGCGUUCCUAUCAAAGCGGCAAUCGUACUCAUAACUGGCUCAUUGAUGACUUAGUACAAGUGUAGCCAUCUAUGUAUAAAAACAAUUAAACAUGUAAACUCACAGUGGGCAUAGCAUGUAAGUACAUGCCAUGCCCGUCGGCAAUGGGCUAAAGCACGCGCACACAAAACCUUAUCAUGCGAGUCUCUACGAACGACACUCGAUUGCAAGAAAUACAAACAAACCUUCAUUUCGUCAAACAUGAGAUCUGUGUAUAUCAUACUGCCAGGAUUCCUCUACUUUCGAUAUUCUAAAAGUAAUCAUGUUUAAUUUUCUUUUAGUUUCCCCUUCUAAGAUAAAUCAAAGAAAACCGUCGCCUCAUGUGCUAUGGCUCGUCGCGGGACGACGAAUGGCCGUUUCUAAUGACACAAUUCUUUAUCGCAGUUCCAUUGCCAUGUUUUACGGGCUCUUUUUAAGUCAAUACGUAAAGUCACAUAUUUACUAAUAGCUUUUUUCAUAUAUUUGAUCUAAAAAAAAGAAAGGUUGUAAUGGUAAAUUAAACGGUAAGAGUAUAUUAUAUAUAGAUAGAUAGAUAGAUAAAUAGGAUAUAUAUGUAAAUAUAUGAAUGUAUUACUAUUUACGGUCUCACCAUAAUGAAAGUAGCAAAACAUUUCGGAAUUCUUGAAAAGAAAAAGUAAAGAAAUAAAAAAUAAAAUAUAAGACUAGUACAAACGAGAAGACAGUGUUGCCGUCUUCAGUUCCAUCAGAACUUGAUUCAUUUACACACUCUCAAAACGCGAAUAUUGACUAACUGUUAUAACCCCAGGCAUAUUUUUGUACGAUUUAAUCACUAUCUCAGAACCAUUCAAAAAGGAACGCUAGCGCUUAAGAUGCAUUUGUUAUCACCGUGGACUGUGAAAUUUCGCUUAUCAGAUAGCUUCAAAUCCCAACGAGAUGCACGGAGGUUCAAGACGCGGUGGGCAGCACGCGACGACCUGCGGCCAGUUCCUCGCCUCCCCUGACAACAGACGCGCCUCGGCGUGGUUCGUGCGUGGAGAUCAUUGAGAGAAGGUUAUUUGCGUAUAUGCAUUGAAGGUGCCAGAGAUACAGUAUAUGGAGAGAUUUACAAGGACUGCGGGACAGAAUUGAAUUUGGUGUUUCUCGUGUGUGAAUUCGAAUUGGUGUAUUGGAAAAUAAUGCUUGGUAAAGGUUUAUAUGUAAACUGAACCUGCGAUACAGGGGGAAAAAUACACACAUGCGAAAGGGUAGAGUAGAAAGGAAUGAGAAAAUAAGAAAACCCAUAGAAAAGAAGAAAGUGAAUAAAUGAGAAGAUAAGGAUAGUGAGAUAAUUAUCACAAUAAUAAAAGCAAACAUGACCUCCACUUUACAAGAAAGAACGAGGAGACAGAGCGAGAGUUCAUCGAAAGACAGCGCAGCUUGUUACGACCCUCUCCUCGGCGCUAACAGCACUCCAGUCAUCCAAUUAAACUGCGCAGAAACAGCGAGAGAAAGGGGAAAGGCACACGAAAGUAACAAGCAAGGAGACGAAGACACGAAAGGACAAAGGAAAGAUGAAGAUGAAGAUUUCCCUGACGGAGGCUGGGGUUGGGUUGUGACGCUUGGCUGUUGCAUCAUCGCGGCCUUAGUGAACACGGUGGGGCCCUGCUUCGGCAUCCUCUUCUCCCGCUUCCUGGAGGACCUCGGCACGUCCUCCGUCAACGUCGCCUGGAUCUACAAUGCCAGGGCCUUCACCCUGUGCCUCACGCAGCUCCUCCUGGGGCCUCUGGUGCUCGAACUCGGCUGGAGGAAGGUGGCCUUCUUCGCCGGAUUCCUCGUCGCCUUCGGGCUGGGCGCCUCCGCCUUCGCCGACUCCGCCGUGUAUUUGCUCUUCUCGUAUUCCUUGAUGACAGGACUGAGAAGCACGGCCAGAUUCCGAUCGAGGCGCCAGGGAGACACACAUUGUGCUUUGGGCGGAGGCUGAUCUUGGUCAAUUCAUGUAUCUGUUCUUCAAGCUUCUGU